CGACCACGUGACAGCCCCCAGGAUGGCGCAGGUGGCUACUCCUGACCCCCCGCGGAUGGGUGAAGAUGUCAAACCUUUUACUCCAGAGAAAGCCAAGGCAAUCGUGAUGUCUCUACAACAGCCUGCAGUCUUCUGCAACAUGGCUUUUGAUUGGCCAGCACUGCGCUGGAAUCCAAAAUACCUCUCUGAGAUGUUGGAUGGAAAGACAAUACAGUUUAGACUGGGAAUGAAGAAAAUGGACGCGGCUCCUCAGUUUGAAACCGAGUGCAGCUAUGUGCAGGCUACACUUGAAGAGUUUUUGGCCUGGAGUUCUGGACUGUCAUCUUGCUUCUCCGGACCAUUCAGUUGUUAUGAUUCCUGCAAAUACUGGGCUUAUGCUGACUACAAGUAUAUAGCUAAGAUAUUUGAAGACAAAACAGAAGUUUUCCAGGAUGUAAUAUGGUCUGACUUUGGUUUCCCCGGGAGAAAUGGAAGGGAGAGCACACUGUGGAUUGGCUCAGUGGGAGCAAACACUCCUUGUCAUUUGGACUCCUAUGGCUGCAAUUUGGUGUUGCAAGUACAAGGAAGGAAAAGAUGGCACCUUUUCCCACCCAGCGAUGCCUGUUCCCUUUAUCCCACCAGGAUCCCUUAUGAGGAAUCCAGCGUAUUCAGCAAAGUCAGUGUUGUCAAUCCUGAUCUGAAACGCUUUCCUCUGUUUAAGAAAGCAAAGCCCCAUGUGGUUACUCUCAGUCCAGGCCAGGUCCUGUUUGUUCCCCGACACUGGUGGCACUAUGUAGAAUCCAUUGACCCCAUCACUAUCAGUAUCAACUCCUGGAUUGAACUGGAUGCAGAUCAUGAAGCCCGUGUGGAAGAGGCAAUAACUCGAACACUUGUAUGUGCCAUAAAAUCUGCAGAACACCCUGGCAGUGCAGGCGCCUGGCUAAAUCCUACAGAAGUCGAGGCCACAUCGCAUGAAAUCAAUCUUCAGUACUUAAAUGGAGCUAUGUCUGCAUAUUUGGAAUAUCAGAAGGCCCGUGUGUUACAACACAGAUAUCCCAGCAGCCAUUGUACAGAUCGAAUGAUGAGCACUUCAUGCAAAAGGAGGAAAACACAAGUAAUGGCUGAAGCAGAGGACAACAAAGAAGCUGAUUUUCCAACAGGUAAAACAGAAGAGGAGGAGAAAAUACUUUUUGGGCCACAUCUUAUUCAAGUUUUGCCAGCAUCUCAAGAAACAAGCUCAACAGGAGUCAGAGUAGUUGAAAGUGACCAUAGAGAACUGAUCAGCGAAAAUGAAGGAGGACAUUUUGGAAAAUUACACUGCACUGGAAAGCAAUCCAUAAUGAGCAAUGACUAUGAAACACUAACAGAUCCAAUGCGUUCAGACACCAGCGCAAACUCAUCACAAACAGCCAUUUCUACAAACGAUUUGCUGGAUUGUUUGGUUAAUCCACAAGUCAUCAGCUUAGUGACCCAUCUCCUGCUGGAGAAAGCAAGAGUUUGAUAUCAAAGUACUGUACAUUUCUGAAAUGAAAAAAAAAAUAGCAGACUUCUUACCCUCA